GUUAAUAUAUGAGGCUUUGUAUAGGCAACUGGCUUGCGACCUAGGUCACAUAUCUCCAGGUUGGCAGAUCACAUUGAUGAUAUUUUGGUACCGAGCACGUGGAAUGAUUUCAUAAGUCGAAGUAUCAUUCGUCACGGGAUUUAGCAAAGCACUAAUCUUUAGCAGCUACAUAUACGGUAUUCACAGCAGAGCGGCUCUAAAGGUGUCCAGAAGCAUGCUCACAAACGUUCUCUCGUAUCAUGAGGUCAUGCCAGCGUACUUGGACUUUAUUUUAGCAUUCGGGUUGAAGUACGAACCAGAUGAUCUCAAAUUCAGUGCCUUCAUGGAGCAGACUACUCUAUCAGCACCACGUGGACCUGUCACAACAGAGCUAGGCCGAAGCGGACGGCAGUUCCAGCUAUGUUACAAUCUACGGACCGCGACCAAGAAAUCUGAGGAGAACGGCUUGGGUAAUCAUCAGGAAUGGUCCAUCCAACCAGCUGCAAUCCACCAUCAGUUUGAUGUAAUCGAAGGCACUACCCUCUGGAUAGUCACAAAAGGGGGUCGCGAUUUAUACCACCGUUAUAAGGAUUUCACUGCAUCAAGCGUUCGGCCAAGUGGCUUGGCUUUCACAUCACCAGAAGAGUGCCUGCGAUCGAGCCUCUCAACACAUCUAAUGUUCUGUCGUUGGGCUACGGAGGGAUGGCGAUGGUUCUUGAAGUGGCUUGAAAUGACUGUUGAGGAAGAGGUAGGGCAAAGUACUCGCAGACAAAGCCGCAGGAAUCGUCAUUGCAUUGGAGACGAAUGUGGAUAUCUUGACCUUACUUCGCGAAUACUACUGUAAGCUGGUCAGCAGACAUGAUUAUCCAUCAGCCUUGAUUUCGUACUUUCAGGGUGACUAAUCAUACAAUCCUAAUCCAAGCCCACGAAUUGUAUCCGAUUGUAUAUGGAGAAGUUGCAGCCGCAGAUAUCUAUAUCAACCGGAGACAAGAGUGGUCAGAGUUGCAAUGCUGCAAUCCGAAUCCAUUCAAGCUCAAUCUGAGCUCAAAUUUUGAGCCUGUCGCAAGAUGCACGUCCAAAGAGAGAGCGAGGUUAAUGCUUGAAUGUACGGUUCCACGGCUGUUGAAGAGCAAUCGUCUCGCAAGUCGCUCGAGAAUGACUCCGGAAACGUUGGCAACUAAUUCACAGAAUACUGUUUGAACGAGGUCAUGAAUGGGGUCUACAUCU